CCCACACAGAGGAGCCCUUCUGCAUCUGCUCCACAGACGGACUGCGUGGGAGCCCUGGUUUAGCGCUUGGCCGGCCCCAUCUGUUCACCACUCUCUGCAGAAGCACAGUGGGGCUGGUCUUCAGGAGCACAUCCUUGGCGUGCCUUUAGCUCCCGCACCCCGAGAUUGGUUCCCAGGCACGACCCCAGGAUGUCCCAAGGCGACAACGUGACCUACGCUGACCUCAACUUUGGAAAGAUCCCUCCAAAGAAGGCCCUCCAGGAAGAGCCAAACGAGGGGGAUCUUGCCUAUGAGAACGUUUAUGGCCCUGGGGCCAAAGAAGUGGAGGAAGGAGAGGAGGAGGAGGAGGAGGCACCUGGGAGAGGCAAGGCUGCAACAGGAUGGAAAGGAUGGACCAGGAAGAUUGCCCUGGGUGCCGUGGCCACCAGCCUCUUCCUCCUGGCCACCACCGUGGGACUUGGGGUACGAUACUGGCAGGUCUCUGGUCAACUCCACCGGGCAUCACAAAGCCACACUGCCCACAGCGCUGCUCUGGCACAGAGGAUCGGUGCCCAGGAGGAGAUCCUGGAUGAGACGGAGGGCCAACUGCAACAGACCAGGGAGGAGCUCUCUUCCAGCUGGGAGGCCCUGAGGAAGAGCCAGGAGGCCGCUAACAAGACCCAGCAGCAUCUGCAAGGAGUAGAAGAGGUGUUGAGGGAAGCCAACCACAACCUGGAGACCCUGAAGCAGGAGAACAAAGAGAAGGAGGCACUGCUGCAGCAGCAUGUCGGCCUUGCACCCUUGACCUUGCUGGUGGGCAUUUACACUCCUUCCUUUUCCAGGCUCCUGCCCCCGCGGGUGGAAGCUCUUCCGCUGGAAAUGCUUCUGGAUUUCGAACGAAGUGAAGAAUUGGCAGAAAAGCUCGGAAGACUGUAG